UAUACCUAAAACCAAUCAAGAGGUGGUUGAUUUUUUAUGGAAAAAUAAAUCGAAAUGCAGGAAUUUCCUAUUAUUUUUUAUAAACCAUUUCUCAACUUCGUUCUUUUGUUAUGCGAACAUAACAUCUUCAAUAAUAUUUUCAAUAUUAAAUUAUUUAAUUGCAUCCAUCAUCGCUGCUUUUAUAUUCAUCAUUUAAUUUCACAUUUAUAUUAUGUUAUUUUUUGAAAUUUAUUUAUAAAAUUACAUGUUUGAAAAUGUAUGCCUGCAUGUAGGAAGCAGUAUGUAUGUGUAUGUGUAUGUAUAUGUGCGUCGGUACGAACAGCGAAAAUUAUUACCGAAUUGUUACCGUCGUAAAAAUAAUAAAAUGGGAACCGGCUCAUCGGCAAUGACAGUUAACGCCCGGAGUCUGAAUGCGUAACCGUCGUACCGAUCAGCCGGUAAUGUAAACCGAUGCAGACGGACCGACACGUAGAAUUAAGAACUGAAUUGUCGAACGAAAAAAAAAGAAAAAAAAAAAAAGAAAAAACCGAAAGUCAAAAGUUGCGCGCGAUAUUCUUCGUUAAGGAUGGAGUUCCCAAACCUAGGAGAGCAUUGUUCAGAGAACAGCUGCAAUCGAUUGGACUUCUUACCUCUUAAAUGCGAUGCAUGUUCUGCAAUCUUUUGUUCUGAACACAUAUCAUACAAUAACCAUAGCUGCCCAAGCGCUUAUAAAAAAGAUAUUCAAGUUCCAGUAUGUCCACUUUGUAAUGCUCCAGUGCCUAUAAAACGUGGUGACCCACCAGAUAUUGCAGUUGGGCAGCAUAUUGAUGAUGAAUGUCAAUCAGAUUUGAGAAAACCUAGCCAGAAAAUUUUUUCUAAUAGAUGCUCCUCAAAAGGUUGUAAAAUUAAAGAAAUAGUCCAAGUACGUUGUUCCGAUUGCGGUAAGAAUUUCUGUUUAAAGCACAGACAUCCAACGGAUCACGCGUGUAUAGGCCAGGAGGAGAUGAUACGGAAAAAACGGCUCGAUGCCCUAGAAAAUAAUAUGACAGUAAAUAGGAGAAAUGGCGAAAUCUUCAUGAAUUAUCAAGGCAGUAUGAGCGAAGACGAAGCUCUCGCGAGAGCUCUCCAAGCUUCGAUGCAAGAGGCAAAUACUGCUAAACAAACGCUCGAGGCUGUACCUUCUGGAAAUAGAGAUAGGUGUAGACUCUCGUAAUUCCAUACAAUUUAAUCUUAAUUCUAUGCAAAUUUUUGCAAUCGCUCUAAGAUACGUUCUUCACCUGCAUAAAUGUAGAGAAAUUGUUAUAUCUUUCAGAGAUUUUCUUACGAUAAAAGCAAUUUAAUGAUAAUAAAUUUCCAUAUAAUUCAGCUUAACUUAUAACUUAACCAUUGAACUUUCUAUAUCAAUAUUUAAAGAAGAUAAACUUUUAAGAUUUAUUCAUAGAUCAUUUCAAUUCAUAGAUAUAUGGACUAUAACAGUUAUACCUUUUGUACAAAUGUAAAAUAUAUCAUAUAUAUAUAUGAUAUUAAUUGCAAAACUCAACAUUGCACAAUAUUUAUAUUAUGAUAAGAUUGUUUUGAUCUUAUAGUGAUCUGAAUAAUCAUUAGCAACAUUACCUGCCGAAUAUGCGUGAUUUUAGAAAGAAUAUUAAAGGGCAGCCUCAAAGAAGAGUGCCUUAAUAUUAUGUAAAUCUAAAGAAAUCUAAAGUCCAGUAAUUUUCAUCUUCUUUACAUCAUUUCUUCCUCUAAGGAAAUUUUUAAUUCCCCUAUCUUAAUUUAUGUAAUUGGUCUAAUAUUGAGACCUUUAGUGUUUGAUUUAUGGUUCCUUAUUUCAUAUAAAUUGUCAUCUAUGGACUUAUAAUAAUUAGCAUUAUGGAAUCACCAUCAAGAGAAUCCUGUAACAAUCUUGUGAGCUUAUUGUCUUUAUAAUCAACAUAUGUUGUAGAAUUCUCUGAUUGAAAUAUGAUAUAUCCUAAUGCUAAUAAGCUUUUAUUUAUAUUAACUCCAUCCUUAAACUUUGCACCAAUUGCUUAUAUCUUCUUAUUGCAUCCAGAUCCAGCUAAAUCUACUAGAAAAAAAACUUCUUCAUCAUUAUUGUUAAUAUUACUUUCUUCUUGCUCAUGUAUGUAUAAAAUGAAUAUAUUCUGUGACUAUGAGUGUCGUGUGCAUUCAUUGCGGUUUGCACGUCCUCUAUUUCUUUGUGUCAGAUAGACUAAUACUUUAUUGCUUUGUAACUUCCUUGUCUGCAAACCGUAUUAGUCAUUUGACAGAGGCAUGUUCAGAAUGUGCAACAGAUGCUACCACAAUAAAUGCAUCCUCAUUUUACAAAGCUUGCAAACAAAGAAGUUACAAGUGAAAUAGAGAUGUUGUGGAACAAGUAUUGCAGACAAUGAAGUUACAAAUGCAAUAGAAUGGUGCCUUAGUAGACGAGCUUAAUUUUUGUUAAAAUGUAUAUUCAAUUUGGCACGAUUUUUAAACACAUAAAAAACAAUAUUUCUAUUAUUCAAAUAUUUGUAUUUUUAUCUGCUUUAAUAAUUUAAAGACAAUUGCAUUUCUUGAAUAUAAAGACUUUUUAUCUUUCAUCACAAAUACAAUUUGCAUUUGUAUUCUUAAAAAUAAUUUAAGACAAUUUAGAUUUUAAUUUAAUAAGAAUGUGUAAAAUACUUGCAUAUUUAUUAGUAAAAUGUAAAAUAUGCAACUCAUUAUCUAUAUUUUUAAUUUUAUCUUUACAUCUGAAUAUUGUACUCCAUCCUAGAAGAAAAUCAACUGUAUCAGAAAAAAGAACACAAAGAUAGCGAUUGAUAUUGAAAUACUUUAUUAAUCAGUUUUAUAAAUAUAUAUACAUUUAAGAAUUAUUCGAAGAUUAUACUAAUUUCCUACUUAAUAAAUAUUGUCAAAAUACCUGAAUCUUAGGUUUUUCUUAAUAAAGCAAACUAUUCACUUA